CCGGCUAAUCUAUAGAGAGAGAGACUGCAAAUCAGAGUUUUAUCAGAGCGCCCAAUUGUGGGAAUUCUCAUCAAAAAGUCAUUUUAUCUUGUAAAGAUCCAAUCUUUAGAAGAAAAGAUCAAUGCCCUAGUUCAAGAUUGAGUUCUUCUUCUUCAUCUAGACAUGGUUUUCAAACGGCUUGCGGAUCUUUUUCUGGGUUGCUGCGGAGUAUCAUACCAGCCAAAACAACAAGCCAUUACUGCUGCCCCUUCAAUUUCUUCUGAUUCAUUAGAAGAUCCAACUUCUAGUACAUUAAGAGUGAAACUCAGCGAUGGUAGAUAUUUGGCAUAUAAAGAGAAAGGAGUUUCAAAGCAUGAGUCAAACUAUAAAGUGAUUAUUGUUCAUGGAUUUGGAAGCUCCAAAGAUAUGAAUUUCAUGCUUUCUGAGUCUGUAAUGGAUGAAUUGGGUAUAUAUAUUUUGCUGUAUGACCGAGCUGGGUAUGGAGAAAGUGACCCAAAUCCAUCGCGAUCGACAAAGAGUGAAGCAUCUGAUAUUGAAGAACUUGCUGAUCUAAUGCAGUUAGGAACAAGAUUUUAUAUACUUGGAGUCUCACUUGGUUCUUAUCCUGCUUGGAGUUGUCUGAAAAGAAUACCUGAAAGGUUAGCUGGUGUUGCUUUGGUGGUGCCUAUAAUAAACUAUCAUUGGCCUUCGAUUCCAAACAAUCUGGUAAAAGAUGAUUACAGAAAAAACAUGUCAAGAUGGAUGCUUUUGGCUGCACGUUAUACCCCGGGUCUGGUUCAUUGGUGGGUCACUCAAAAAUUGUUCCCUUCCACCAAUGUUAUGGAAAAGAAUCCUGCUUUUUUCAGUGACAAAGAUUUGGAGGUCUUGAAACGUACUCCUGGUUAUAAAUUGCUUGGUCAGGGAAAAAUGCAAGACCGAGUGGUGUUCGACGCCCUAUGUCGCGACUUUGUCGUGGCAUUUGGAAAGUGGGACUUCGAUCCAUUGGAGUUAAGCAGACCAUUCGAAAAGAACAACGAAACUUCUUCUGUCCACAUAUGGCAAGGUAAAGAUGACAAAGUUGUACCGGUUCAGUUACAAAGGUUUGUGGCCGAUAAACUGCCAUGGGUUCGAUACCAUGAAGUGCCGGAAGGUGGACACUUGCUGGUAUACGAUACGGCUGUAUGUGAAGGUAUUUUUAGAUCGCUUUUGCUUGGAGAAGAUCCACCAUUGUAUAGACCUAAUAACUUAAGUUAGUUUUCAAAAUUUUAUUUAUUUUUUUCUUCUUGUAUGGUUCUUCUCAUAUUGAUUUUGAUAUUUGAAAUUGAUGCCAGCCUGUUGUAGCUAAAUUAUUUUGUUUCAAAAUAAUGAUACAUAGCUGGACUUGUGAUGUAAUUAUUUUGAAUGAUUAAAGGCAUUGAAAAUUUGUUUGUUUUGAA